UGAACAUUGGCAAAGCGCUCGCUUCUCUCCAUAGAGCAGUUACACUGAGCCACAGCUGCACCAAGAAGAUAUACAUCUCUACUAACAGCAGUCAACACAGACUCACCAGAUGCUCUUGUUCUCUCCAAACCUGUGCGCUUUUUUUCCCUGCGGUAUCUCUUUAUUGUAAGACGACUGAGGUAGAGGGUCAUAUAAAAGUUUUUGCGAAAACCGCGGAACGGAUGUGAGGCGCAAUAGAGAGCCUCUUUCAGCCUUCACUUUGCACCUUCUCUUAUUUGCGUCGCGAUUUCUGAGUAAGCGAGGAACACGCUUUCUAGUGGAAAGGCAAUAGGAACCGGUUGAUGCUUUUAUUGAAAUGGACGUGAGAUUUUAUCCACAACCCCCACCACCAUCAGCAACAGAUCCUUCCCGACUGGGACAGUCACACUAUUCGGACUCUCCGUACUGCAAUAAGUACGACAGUGAAAACAUGUUCAUGAGUAUGCCAGAGCCCAGCCAGGACUUUGUGCCAGGGAACCAGUUCCGCGUGCCUGCCAGUCCCAGCCAGACGCACCACAGCAAUAAACAGGCCGGCGGCCACUGGAAAAGAGACACCCCUACACACACGGACGGCCCCCGUCUGACAUGGUCUUACCCAGUGCACAGUCUUGGGGAUGAAGACUAUAACAUCCCACCCAUCACACCCCCCAGCCUCCCCGAACACAUGCUGGCACACUUGCCCGAGUCUGAGUCUGGAACAUACCAUCACCUGUGCCCCCCUGUCUCCCAGAAUGGACUGCACCACUUUCACCUGCAAGGAAUGGACCUGCAGGGCAUGUCGGUCCCCAACAUGUUGGGUCAAGAUGGCGGCCUGCUCACCAACUCCCUCUCAGUGAAAUGGGCGCAUGAAGGCGAAAUGAUGACAGCCGUAAGAGAAAUUAUGAUGCAGCAAAUGGUCAACUCCGACUCACGUUACGGCGGCCAUCCUCAGGUGGACACGCUCAGGCCCAGAGUCCAACCUGGCAUGGUUCCUCAAGGUCAGCUGGCCACCAUCAACCAAUCACAACUCAAUACUCAGCUGGGUCUAAAUAACAACAAUGGCACCCAUGGAUCCCCAUCUCCACCGGAGAGCAAGUCAGCCACACCCUCCCCCUCCAGCUCCGUGCAUGAGGACGAUGCAGAUGAUGCUGCCAAGAUGAAUGGGGCAGAGAAGAGAGCAGCCACAGACAUGACCAAGAAGCCCAAAACCCCCAAGAAGAAGAAGAAGAAAGACCCCAACGAACCUCAGAAGCCAGUGUCAGCCUACGCCCUGUUCUUCAGAGACACGCAGGCAGCUAUAAAAGGGCAAAAUCCCAAUGCCACAUUUGGGGAGGUUUCCAAAAUAGUGGCCUCCAUGUGGGACGGUCUGGGCGAGGAACAGAAACAGAUGUACAAGAAAAAAACAGAAACCGCAAAGAAGGAGUACCUCAAACAGCUGGCUGCGUACAGAGCGAGCCUCGUGUCUCAGAGCUACAAUGACCCAGGCGAUGUGAAGGCAUCACAGGCCUCUCAAAUGCUCGGACCCAAGCCACCAGUUUUCUCUGGGGCAGGCCAGUCUCACCCAGGUCUCUACAUGGCUGCUCAGUACCACCAGCAGCCAGGACUCAGUCCCCACCUGCCCCCGAUGCAGCCAGGCCUAUCCCGAGGGGGUACAUCCCGGCCCAACGCUCCCAUGCCAGGAGCGGUGAACAUGGGCAGCAUGACAUGCUCAUCCCCCCCUCCGCUGCAGAUCAGCCCCCCCUUACACCAGCACCUCAGUCUCCACCAGCAACAACAGCAGCUCAGCAGCCACCCGCUGCCCCUGCACUCCUCAUCCAUGGCCCAGCGUUUCCCCCUUCAGGCAGAGUAUCAGAGCAUGGUAAAUGUCACAUCCUCUGCCGGACCUGGCCUGUCCCCUUCAAUGGACUACCGCACCGGCUGCAGGAACGGACCAACCCAGGGCCUGGACUGGACCGCCGAGUACUGUGGCAACGGGGCUCUGCAGAGGGACAAAGCCCUGUACCUGACCUGAUCGACAUCUCCAACCCCACGCUCCUUCACGCUCACAGGACCAAGGCAGUUCCUCAUCCCAGUACAGCUAUUCAGG